UAAUCUAUUAAGAAAAAAUACUUUAUUUAAUAAAAAAAAUAUUUGAAGGAUAAUGUAUACAUUUACUAAUUUUGCUAAUUUCAAUGUGAAAAAUCAAACAUCCUUUCACAUAUUAAAAAGAACAUUAUUUUUAUUAAAAUGCACAAUUUAUACCAGACAAAUAUUAAAUUUAAAUAAUUUGGUGCGAUAUUUUUCUAAGGACAAAACAAUGGGGUUAUCACUAAAAUCUCAUGUUUAUGAGAAUUCUUCUGAUGAAAAUAAAAUCAAAUUGAAAAAAGAUUUGAUCAAAAUGAAGUUAAAGCAAUCUUUAUCACAUAAAUCUAAAGAAAACAAAAUUCCUUCUACAAAAUUUAGUCGUUUAAUUAAUUAUGGUAGUUUAGCUGCAGGAUUAGGUGUAGGAGCUCUUGCUGAAAUUGCCAGAAGAAAAUUGGGAAUAGACAACACAGAUGGUGAUUCACGAAUAACUCCGGAGAACAUUUUCUUGAACGAAAGCAAUGCUGAGCGCAUAGUAGAAACCUUGUGCAAAGUUAGGGGUGCCGCGCUAAAAUUUGGUCAAAUGCUCAGUAUCCAGGACAAUACCUUUAUUAGCCCCCAACUCCAGGAAAUAUUUGAAAGGGUCAGACAGGGCGCAGACUUUAUGCCACCAUCUCAAACUCAGAAAGUUCUAGAAAGCGAAAUGGGUCCGGAAUGGCGAAAGAAGUUCACCUCCUUCGACAAUAAACCUUUCGCCGCCGCGUCUAUAGGCCAAGUACACGAGGCGCUUUCCCUGCCCAAUAAUCCGUCUUUAGCCACACUAGGCAUAGAUGAACCUACACAACUGGCCGUUAAGAUUCAAUACCCGGGCAUAGCCGAGAGCAUAGACAGCGACGUCGAUAACUUACUAGCACUGUUAGAAUACACCAAUAUUUUACCCGCGGGCCUUUUCCUUGAUUAUAGUUUAGAAGUAUUUAGGAAGGAACUUCAUUUAGAGGUGGAUUAUUUGAGAGAGGCCAAUUCUAGCGAAAAAUUUAGGCUGGAAUUGUUGCCCAACGAUCCGUUUUUCACGGUUCCCGCCAUCGUGAAAGAGUUAUCCACUCGUAAAGUGUUGACUAGCCAGCUUAUGAAGGGGAUGAGUUUGGAUAAAACCCUGGAUCUCGACCAGGCGAUCAGAAAUGAUAUAGGGAGAAAUAUUUUGAAUCUAUGUCUCAGAGAAGUGUUCGAAUUUCGAUUCAUGCAAACCGAUCCUAAUUGGUCGAAUUUCUUGUACGACCCCGAGACCCAUAGGGUAGCGCUCUUAGAUUUCGGGGCUUGCCGACAAUUCGACAAAAAAUUCGUCGAUAUUUAUCUUCGAUUGAUCAAAGCGUCGGCUCAAGCCGACAGAGCUUCUAUUUUGAGGCUAUCAGAAGAAUUGGGAUUUUUGACAGGUCACGAAACAAAGAUAAUGCAAGAAUCCCACGUCGAAGCUGUCCUAAUAUUAGGGGAAGCCUUUGCCACGGACAAAGAAUUCGAUUUUUCCAAUCAUAACGUGACCCGAAGAAUACAAAAUCUUAUGCCAAUCCUUCUGAAACAUAGACUGAAAGCUCCACCGGAGGAAAGUCUAUCCUUACACCGGAAAAUGGCGGGGGCUUUUCUUAUAUGCUCUAAACUCGGUGUCAAAAUCCACUGCAAGGACUUGUUCGACCGUAUUUACGAGAGUUAUUCAUAUGAAACUAAUAGCUUAUGAUUGUAAAAAUGUGUUAUAAGAAGAAAAAAAAUUGUAUUCGGCGUUUAGCAAUAUUUUAUUAGGUCGUCAUAAAGUAUGUAGUGAUAGUUUAGAAUUAAUCAU